UUGCUUCUCCACCCACCACCCUUUCAGAUCUUUGUCCUGGCUCCGCCUCUCGCCGGCGUUAUAAUGGGCUGGUCUGAAAGUGGUGGAGAGGCACAGAACCACAGGGGAAGGGAGAGAUAAUGACAAUAACACUAAUAACCCUAAUAACCCUGCUGCUGCCCGUGCCUCAGCGAGAAGUCAGCCCGGCGUCCCGGCACUGACGGGGCCGAAGCCGGAGAGACAGGACGUCCCCAGAGAACUCCCUGCGCCGGAGAAGCGCCGGACGGUAACAUCGGCAGCGUCCUGAGGAGUACCAGGCGAGGGGGGACCCAGAGAGGAAACUGCUCCAGCACUCUCCUGCUCUCUCCGGCACCGCAGGGACCUCUUCGCCCCUCUCCUCCGACCCAUGAAGCAGCUGGCGUAACGACCGAGAAGGACAAACGGGGGCGGAAAGAGAGCGAGCGCCCCGGUGGGGGAGAAGGAGGUGGAAGCCGGAGGAAGCGCCCCGUUCUCCGCCUCGCCGCCGCAGGCGGCAGGGUACCGACGCCUGUCCUCGGCGUCCCCCGGGAGGGAAAGGUCCAGUCGCCUGCCAGCUAUCCCGGGCGGCCGGGUGAGGCGGGCGCGGAGCCCCGCUGCCCUGUGCUGCCUGCCACCGCGGAGCUGUCCACGCCGGGGCGGGUGCAACCCCCCGCGGGUCACCUAGCUGCUCCUCGCCGCCCCUUGAGGCCGCGCCGACGGACAGGGGUCGCUCCCGCUCAGCGGAGCCGCCGGGUGCGGGGGGGCCGCCGGCACCGCCGCCAUGAAGCUGGAGGUGUUCUCGCAGCACUACGAGGACAAGCUGAGCGCCGGCAGCGAUCAGGAAGGUAGCGGCUCCCUCUCCCCGGCGCCGGCUGAGAGCGAGCUGGGCUCGGACGGUGACUGCGCCGCUAAUAGCCCUGGUGGCGGGGCCGGGCGGCCAGGGCAACCCCCGCCACCACCCCCCGCCUCGCAGCCGCAGCAGCCGCCUCCGGGCGAGAGCGGCAAGGGGAAGCCCUACACGCGGCGGCCGAAGCCACCCUAUUCCUAUAUCGCGCUGAUCGCCAUGGCUAUCCGCGACUCGGCCGGCGGCCGCCUCACCCUAGCCGAGAUCAACGACUACCUGAUGAGCCGCUUCCCCUUCUUCCGCGGCGCCUACACUGGCUGGCGCAACUCGGUGCGCCACAACCUCUCCCUCAACGACUGCUUCGUCAAGGUGCUGCGCGACCCGGCGCGGCCCUGGGGCAAGGACAACUACUGGAUGCUCAACCCCAGCAGCGAGUACACCUUCGCCGACGGCGUCUUCCGCCGCCGCCGCAAGCGCCUCAGCCGCGCCGCCCCGCCGCCGCAGCCCGCCCGCCCCGCCGCCGCCCCACCGCCGCCGCAGGAGGCGGCCGGAACGGGCGCCGCGUCCCCCGGCGGAUCCCCGCGGUGCUGCUGCGCCUCCUCGCCCUGCAACUGCGGGCCGGGCACCGCAGCCAAGGAAGCAGCAACGGCGAGCGGCGGGGCGGCGGCGGGCGGCAGCGGCACCAAGUUCUCCAGCUCCUUCGCCAUCGAGAGCCUGCUGCGGCGGCCGGCGGGGCCCCGCGCCGCCCAGCAGCAGCCGCCGCCGAGGCCCGCCCGCCUCCUCUGGCCGGCGCCGCCCGCGGCCCCGCACCUGCUGCCCGGCCCCUACCCGCUGCUCCCCUACCCACCUGCCGCGCAGCCCCCGUCCGCAGCCGCUGCCCUGUACGGCGGAGGGCUCCUGCAGCUCUGCGCCUACGGGCUGGGCGAGCCGCCGUCGCCACUGCUGCUGGGGGGCGGCCGGCAGGCGCUGUCCCAGGGCGAGCCAACGCCGGCGGAGCGGCCCCGGGCGCCGCUCUUCCCCGUCGGCCUCCCCAAGGGCGGGCGGGGGCCGCCGCCCGGUUCCCCGCUCUACGGGCCCCUCCGGCUCGCUGGGCCGCUGCAGCCGGCGGCGGCGGGGGGCUCGGCCGCGUUCCACCCGUACGCUGUAGAGACCCCCCUGGCUUGACGGAGCCCCCCUUCUCCCCUGCGAGGGGCCCGCCCGGGGAGGCGGGGAGGGGGGAAGGAGGAGGCUCUGGAUCCCGCACUUUAACUCCAGAGGCGACCAAAGCCUCCAAGCAAAAGCCUCGGUGACUGUGCCUUAGUGACAUGACAGUGGGGUUAACUUAAACCAAAAAAAAAAAAAGGAGGAAAAAAAAAAUCAGAAAAUCCCCAAACAACUGUCGGUUUGGACAUAGCCAUGAGCCUCAAGUGCUUCUUACUGUUCGUUGAGACUACUUGACUUCGGCCACUCCCUCGCCACUUGCUCGCCACCCUCCCGUUUGCCCCUGCACCUCCUGCCACCAAAGCCUUGGGCAGCCGCUCAGGGGUGCGCUGUGCGCCUGGGGGUUUGGCCGGAGGGGCGGGGGGCUCCUGCCGGUGCGAGAAAGAGAGGGGGCCGGGGGCUGCUGCAGAGCCGUAGGUCUGUACUGCAAAGCAAUGCAUCACUGUGCCAAAAGAAACCUUUUCUCCUCUCCGGCAACUAGCAUUUCGUGGGAAGGGAGAACAUUAAGUUAUUUAUAAAAGUAGUGUUUUUAACACAAAGAGAGUGCAGCUUUUUUAAUUAAUUAUUGUUCUGGGAGGUUGGGGGGCGGAAUGGGGCAAGGGCUCAAAGAAAUGUCAGGCGUUGCCUCCUGUGCUGGUUGGCGUUGUACAUUUAAGGCCAAGACCGCCGCUACUGGAAAGAGAAGAGUAAUUUUGGUUUUCGUAUUUUUGUGUUUGUAUAUAAUGUACGUGCGUGUGCAUUUUAUUGACGCUCGACCACCCUCUUUCCCCCUUCUGUUUUUUUUUUCUUU